AUGGGGUUUGUCGUGGUGGCCCUUCUCCACCCCGGCACGCACGAGUGCAUGUACAGCGUGUUGCGUGGGCUGCCUUUUGGCCUGGGUUCGGCGGUGAACCAGUUCAACCGGGCCCCGUUCCUCCUCACAGCCGCCGCUCGACGCUUGCUUUACGUGAUGGGCGGGCAUUGCGUCGACGAUAACGUUAUUGUAGAUUCAGCGCUGUUCAAGGGGGACGCCCAACAGGCCUUCCAGGAGCUCGCGCGCCUGCUUGGCGUUGCGCUCUCGGACGGAAGGUCGUUGGCCAUCGCGCACGACCCGCUUCCACCCGCGGUGGUCUACACAGACGCUUCCGCGGACACUGGUCGGCCGCCGCGUCUUGGCGCUCCGGUGUUUGUUCUUGGACGUACGCCUGCUUGCCCGGUUUAUGACGUGUCCGACAACAUGUCUGCCCACUUUGGCUCACAGGGCGGCCAUGUAAUCAACCAGGCAGAGCUGCUAGCCGCCCCUCUCCUGGCGUGGUCCAUGCCAUCCGUGCUGCAGAACAGGGACGUGUUAUGGUUCAUUGACAACCAGGCAGCCGAGUCCGCUUUCGUCAAG